CAGGGGCUGGACAGGGGCUGGACCAGGCUGGGGCGCGGCCUGCAGGCUGGGGGCGGAACCGGGGCGGGGCCGGCGGGGCCACUUCGCCUUGGCCACCGGGAAACUCGGACGCAGGAAGGAGCGAGGCUGCUGAGGGCGGAGGCCCGCGGGCGGCUGGGGGCACGCUGCUGCGGCUGCGAGAGGCAGGACCGUCUUCUGGGGAGGGGGAGCAGUUCCAAGGAUCCCCUGAGCCAGGCCGACGUGGCAAGGGGGUGGGGAAUGAGGUGUUCCCGGCCCCUGCGGCCCGACUGGGGCCUGGUGCUGGUCGUACUGGGCUGCAGCAGCCUCCUGGUGCUGCUGAGCCUGCACAGCAAGCAGUCCACCUGCCCAGCCGCCGAGAAGCCCUCCGCAUGGGAGGCCUGGCGCUCAGCACCAGCCACCACCCGGCCUCAGCCCCGGCCUGUCCCACCGUGUCCUGCCAACACGUCCAUGACCACGCACCCAGACUGGGCGUCGCAGCCGGCGCAAGUGCGGAACUUCCUCCUGUACCGCCAUUGUCGUACUUUCCGGCUGCUGCAGGACGCACCGGCCCGCAAGUGCGCACAGCCUGUCUUCCUGCUGCUGGCCAUCAAGUCCUCGCCUGGCAACUACGAGCGCCGGGAGCUGGUGCGCCGCACGUGGGGGCGCGAGCGGCGUGUGCGGGGCGCCCAGCUGCGCCGCCUCUUCCUUGUGGGCACCGCCGCCAGCCCGCACGAGGCCCACAAGGUGAACAGGCUGCUGGCCCUGGAGGCGGAGACCCACGGCGACAUCCUGCAGUGGGACUUCCAUGACACGUUCUUCAACCUCACGCUCAAGCAGGUGCUGUUCCUGGAAUGGCAGAGCAGCAGGUGCACCAACGCCAGCUUCGUGCUCAACGGCGACGAUGACGUGUUUGCGCACACCGACAACAUGGUGGCCUACCUGCAGAGCCAGCAGCCCGACCAUCAUCUCUUCGUGGGUCACCUCAUCCAGAACGUGGGCCCCAUCCGCGCAUCCUGGAGCAAAUACUACAUCCCGAAGCUCGUCAUGGCCGGGGACCGCUACCCGCCCUACUGCGGCGGCGGCGGCUUCCUGCUGUCCCGCUUCACCGCCGCCGCCCUGCGCCGCGCCGCGCCCACCCUGGAGCUCUUCCCCAUCGACGACGUCUUCCUGGGCAUGUGCCUGGAGCGCGAGGGCCUCAAGCCGGCGGCGCACAGCGGCGUGCGCACCGGCGGCCUGCGAGCGCCCUCGGCCAGACUGUCCUCCUUCGACCCCUGCUUCUACCGCGAGCUGCUGCUGGUACAUCGCUUCCUGCCCUAUGAGCUGCUGCUCAUGUGGGAGGCGCUCAACCGGCCCGACCUGGUCUGCGGCCGGCGCACGCAGGUCUACUGACCCGUCCUGCCACACCUGCCUGGCAUGCCCAGCUGUUCCUGCUGGGCACAGGGAACAGGC